CGCUUUAAAUAUACCAGUACAAUAAUAGAAUAGUAGCUGAAGAGAAACACAGAGACGACAAAGAUGGGGCGUGAUGGGUAUCUUCCAUUGUUUGAAACAAGGAGAGCUAAGGGUAGAGUCCUCUAUAGGCUCUUUAUGAUCUCUGUGUUUGUGGGCAUAUGCUUGAUUUGGAUUUAUAGAGUGAGUCAUAUACCAAGAAAAGGUGAGGAUGGGAGAUGGGGUUGGAUUGGUUUGCUUGGGGCUGAGUUCUGGUUUGGACUUUACUGGGUCCUGACUCAAGCCCACCGGUGGAACCAAGUCUAUAGGUGCACCUUCAAGGACAGGCUCUCUCAGAGGCAUGAAAAAGAGUUGCCCAAGGUGGACAUAUUUGUGUGCACUGCGGAUCCAGUGAUCGAGCCACCAGUGAUGGUGAUCAAUACUGUUCUAUCAGUAAUGGCAUAUGACUAUCCACAAGAGAAGCUAAGUGUGUAUCUUUCAGAUGAUGGUGGAUCAGAUCUUACCUUCUAUGCUCUCUUAGAAGCCUCUCACUUUGCUAAGCAUUGGCUACCGUAUUGCAAGAAAUUCAAGGUGGAGCCAAGGUCACCAGCUGAAUAUUUCAACUCAAGUGAUGACCCCCUUGAUGCUAAUCAGUCCAAAGAGUUGGUGUUUAUAAAGAAAUUAUAUGACGAAAUGGAGAAUCGAAUCAAAAAUGCAGCCAAGCUAGCUCGAAUCCCAGAAGAAUUACGCUCUAAACACACAGGAUUUUCUCAAUGGGAUUCAUAUUCUUCUCAACGAGACCAUGACACAAUUCUUCAAAUAUUAAUUGAUGGGAGAGACCCCAAUGCCAAAGAUAAAGAUGGGUUUGUGUUGCCAACUCUGGUUUAUUUGGCUCGCGAGAAGAGACCCCAACAUCACCACAACUUCAAAGCUGGAGCAAUGAAUGCAUUGAUAAGAGUGUCGUCAGAGAUUAGCAAUGGACCAAUCAUUCUUAAUGUGGACUGUGAUAUGUACUCAAACAAUUCACAUUCUGUACAAGAUGCACUAUGCUUUUUCAUGGAUGAAGAGAAGGGCCAUGAGAUUGCUUUUGUGCAGUUUCCCCAGAGUUUUAAGAAUGUUACUAGGAAUGAAAUAUAUGAUGCUUCAAUGAGAGUAAUAAGAGAGGUGGAAUUCCAUGGUUUAGAUGGUUGUGGAGGCCCUUUAUAUGUUGGAACUGGAUGCUUUCACAGAAGAGACACUCUAUGUGGGAGGAAGUUCAGUAAGGAAUAUAAGACUGACUGGAGUAGUUUGAAUGACAUAAGGAGAAAAGACAGUGUUCAUGAAUUAGAAAAAAAUUUGAAGGGACUUGCAAGCUCUACCUAUGACAAAAACACUCAAUGGGGAAAAGAGAUGGGCUUGCUAUAUGGAUGUCCAGUAGAAGAUGUCAUAACCGGGUUAUCAAUCCAAUGUCGGGGGUGGAAAUCAGUCUACUUUAAUCCAUCAAGAACGGCUUUCUUAGGAAUAGCCGCAACUACACUCCCUGAUGCACUUUUGCAGCAUAAGAGAUGGUCUGAAGGCGAUCUCCAGAUUUUGUUUUCUAGGUACAGUCCUGCAUGGUAUGCACAUGGAAAGAUUAGCUUGGCCCUUCAAAUGGGAUAUUGCGUCUAUUGUCUUUGGGCUCCUAAUUGCUUGGCAACACUAUAUUACACUGUUAUCCCUUCACUUUAUCUCCUCAAAGGAAUUUCCUUGUUUCCACAGAUCUCAAGCCCAUGGUUCAUACCAUUUGCAUAUGUGAUAUCUGCUAAAAACAUUUGUGCCUUAGCCGAGUUUCUGUGGUGUGGGGGUACAAUCAUAGGUUGGUGGAAUAACCAAAGAAUGUGGCUUUACAAGAGAACAAGUUCCUAUCUCUUUGCCUUUAUGGACACCAUUUUAAAGUUACUAGGCUUUGCUGAAUCAGGAUUUGUAAUCUCAACCAAGAUAGCUGACCAAGAUGUGUCCCAAAGAUAUGAGAAAGAAAUAAUGGAGUUUGGAACUUCCACUCCAAUGUUCACAAUAUUAUCAACACUUGCAAUGAUAAAUUUAGUAUGCUUCGUUGGGGUGUUGAAAGAAGCAUUGAUGGGUAAAGGAAUCAUAAGAGUUUAUGAGACAAUGAGUUUGCAAUUUGUUCUAUGUGGAAUUUUGGUUCUCAUCAACUUUCCUUUGUACCAGGCCCUUUUCCUGAGGAAGGACAAGGGUAAGCUGCCAAGCUCCUUAGCAGGCAAAUCAAUUGUAUUAGCUCUAUUGGCUUGUAUCAGUUUUACAUUAUUGUACUAAUCUUCUCAGUUUCAUAUGUGAAAUAAGGGCUAUUUGGCCGUGAGUGUGUCAUGUUCUGAUUAGAACAGAGCACACAUUUAUAUAUUGAUGAUUUGAUGUAAAUUUACAUGUAUGGUUUUAGUUUUACACGUGGAGAAUAAUUCAAAAAUAUGUACAAGUCAAACCUGAUAUUUAUAGAGGUACAAUUUUUGCA